UUUCAGACAUGUGUGCAUUACUACCACAAUUUUCUCCUUGGAUUGCCUGGAUGUAAACUGGGUUCUUUUGGUCAUGAGUGCAUUGCUCUACCUCUGAUCUAACCAGCAGGAUCUUGGAUUUUUUGCUCAGUGAUAAAGCAUUUGACUAACCAGGUGAAAAGAAUAUAAGAAAAGUGAAGAAAUGUUGGCUGUUUUACUGACUACACCAAUCAUUGGAUACAUUAUCUAUGUUGCAGUUCCUGGAUCAAGUCUGUUUUCCUGGCAUCCCAUCUGUAUGUCAAUAUCUUUUGCCGGCAUGAUGCUGGGUGGAGCGGAGGUGUUCUCACUGGGAAGCCAGCGAUACCGCCACCGUGUCACGCUGCACUGGCAGCUGCAGGCAGCAGCCGCGGUGCUGUCGCUGGCUGGCCUGGCCGCCAUCUUCUUCAACAAGGAGCUGCGCGGCGCGCCCCACUUCACCUCCACGCACGGCCAGCUGGGACUGGCAGCCGUGGCUGCGGCUACCGUGCAGUCGGCGGGCGGCCUGCUGGCACUGUAUGCCACUCGACUGCCGCGACUGGUGGCGCCGCGCCUCACCAAGACGCUGCAUGCAAUGUCGGGCGUCGUGCUGGUCGCGCUGGGCCUGUACACGCUGCGGCUCGGUCUGGCCACUGCUUGGUUCCAGCUGGUGGCGGCGCCGCUGGCCCAACCGGUCGGCGAGCUGCUGCUGGCGCUAGCUGUGCUCAGGGUCACCUACAGGGUGGUGAUGUUCCGCUUCAGAAGGGUCAAGAGCAGCUAGGAGGUGGUGGUGGCGGCGGCGGCAGGGCCUGGUGCAAGGGCGCCACCGCGAUGUCCCUUCGAGGUGCUUGUGUUGGGUCUGUUCGCUGCGCUGCUUUGUUGUCGAGUUGAGAUGCUGUAAGAUUAUUCUGUAUACGGAUUCGACUACGGAUGAUGACGUGAAGCUUUGCAAGUAAUAUGGCUCAGUGUGGACUGUGCGUUAUUCAGGCUUUCCGUAUUGGCAGCGCCGGUCCAUAAUGCAACGUAGGAACAGUUCAAGCAUCUAUGAUACGCGAUCGUGCGUCCCAAAUCUGGGUCGACGUAAUUGGCGCUCCAGCAUUUUUUCUCAAGCGAAUUGCCAGGAUUGGCCAGCAGUGAGUUGCAUUUACCCGCUCGGCAUAAGGGACCUGGAUGGAGACCCUGCUGUCAGUGUCGAUUGUUCUGAUGUACGUACCAUGCAGGCAAAAUGGCCAUCAUUAUGGGAAUGCCAGAGCGCGUUGAACACACCAGUAUGGCCAGUUGUGUUGACAUCCUGCGCAAUGACGUGGCACACCUUCGUUACGCGCAUGUUCAUUCCAGCUUUAUUGAAGGGCGGACAGCCAGCGUGGAGUGUACUUUAACACUAUGAACGUGUUUUUUCAAUAUGGUAUAAAAGAGGGGUCGUUUACUGGUAUCAAUACUCCAGUAUUCUUGUUGCAAGGGUUGCGCACUUGGAAUGGGCUUGUCACCGGUCGUCUUACUGUCCCCGAUGGUAUAUACAGGCUCCUCGUGCGCUUUUGCCAUGUGAUCUCAUUCAUUUUUGGCAAACUUUAUCUGGCGUGUGUAACUAGUUGAGCAGCAGUCAGAGGGAAAUAGAUAAUAUUCUUGUGGGCUUUCUCGUGUUAAUGGUGUCACUUUUGAGCGCGUUAUAUAUGCUAUCUACUUAUGAUCGUUAUUAUUGAAGGCAGCUGCCUGAAUAAAAGAGCGUUGAGCCCGGUCAGUUUUUCCGACUCCUCAACCUCGUUGUUC